GUGAGUGUGUGUGGGUGUGCGCGUAUAAUGUGUGUGCGUAAACUGUGCGCGUAAAUGUAUGCGUGUCGGAUGUGUAUGUGAAUGCGCCUAAUUUUGGGCUACAAAAAUUGAGAAAUACAAAGAAAAUAAAUAUCAAAUAAAUCAAAUAUACACAAGGUGUUUUUAGCGCAGAGAAAACAAAAUCCAAAUUUCAAAUUUACAAUCAGGAUUCACCUGGCGGCGGGGGACGGUGAUUCAUUCAGAUAGUACAGCUGGAGUAAGCAUAUCAAAAACAUCAAAACUAUUGACUGCAAAAAAUUAAAAAAAAAAACAUCUACGAAAGGAAAAAAGUGUGCGAAAUAAUAUCUCUUUCUAUUUAUCAUAUCGUCAUCUACUUGCAAGGAACAUUGCAGUCUCUGACAGCACAUUCCACCAUUCAGAUAGAAUUCACAUGGAGAUAUUCUCUUUGCUGAACAUUAUAAUGAGGCAUAUCAAUGAACAAACAAUAUCAUCAUUAUUAGUAACAACAAAAACAAUGGGCAUAGCCCAAAACAAUGAAAGGCCUCAUCACUUAAGUAAAUAGAAAAUCAACGGGCAAAAUCAAUACACAAUCAAUACAAAUAUAUGUAUUGAGUGGCAAAGAGACUGAGAGAAAAAGAGAGUGGGACAGAUAGUCCCGUGAAAUAUACGAAACAAAAGCGCAAAAGCGUCAACAAAAUAUAAAAGAAGAAAAAAAUAGAAAAAAAAACUAAACUUAGUUGAAAAGUUUUCUACAGAAACUAGUCAAAAUGGGUGGAAAGAAUAGUGGCAGUGCUCUCAACUCGAGCAUGUGCAGCAACUCGAUGCUGACAAAUGCAACCGGCAAUACCACAACAAUUGGCAUCAGCAGCAGCAGCAGCCUCACUCAGCAACAGCAACAACUUCAGGCCAAAUACAUUAAGUCAAAGCGCCAUCAAAGUCGGUAUACAAAUCUUCAGCAUUCUGGUCACGAUUCGAGCAGCUAUCUGCAUUUGAAUUCACUCUGGUCGAUCUGGUAUGGUGUGCUCCUUACACUAUUUCAAGGAUAUUUGGCCAUGCAUGGAGCCUAUAGGUUCCUUGGAUGUUCGCUGAUACCCUGGAAAAUUGAACCCGUGGCUGAAUUAAAUCUGCAAAUUGUAUUAUCCGGUGUGGUUUUCAUUCUCUUGCCAGUCUUUUUCACUUCCGCCGUAUUUAAGGUUGGCAAUUUGGCAAACGAUGGCAUUAAAUUGGCCACAGGAGCUAAAGAACGACGCUGCACUCUGGCACCACACGAUGGCCUCGAGGAGGAGUCGCACGGCGGGACGUUGCGUGCCCUGUGGACUCAUGGUGGACCAACAGCGGCUUUUGUACACAUUCUCAUAGCGUUGUGUUUGCUGUUGCCGCGACUUUUGCUUGAAGCUCGAAUUAUUGAGAAUGGAUUGUUGCCAAAAGAACAAAUUUGGGCUACGGAAUUGGAUUUCAUUGUUAUCAAUAGACGCAAUUUGAUGGCCAUGUCUGUGGUCGCACCUACAAAUCUAACAGGAGCAGCCGCAAGCUUUGAGCAUGUCGAUAACAAUAAUAAUGAUGAUGACGAUGAUGAUUACUAUAACGAUACCAUGUUUACGGCCAUACGUGGACGUACAGCGAAUACAAAUGCUAAUACCAACAAUAAUUUGUUUGAUUUAAGACCCGAUAAAGAUCGUGAUAUGAAAAAGUUUGGCAAGACAGUAACAACUACCCAACAAUCAGCCACAAGCACAAUGUUGAAUAAAAUUAAUGAAAGAUACUUUGAAGUGCCCGAUUUCAUUAGUCAGGAUAUCGAUGACGAGGAGCGGCAAGAGCUGGAGGAGGCCAUUAAUGGCGAUGAUGAUGAUGAUAAGGAAGAUGAUGAAAUUUUAAUGCCAGCAAUAACUACAGAAAAUUGGCAAAAGUUUGGCACUUUGGCUAAGAAGAAGAAACUAAGUUUGUCAACGACAGCAAAAACAACAACAACAACAACAAGGGGUACAACAACCAUUAUCAGCAGCAGCAGCAGCACCACCACCACCUCAACCACAACAAUACCAACAACAACGCCUGCCACAACAACCAAAGGAACAACAACAACAACCAGUGAAGCAAUUAUUAUGACAACCUCAAAGCAGCCGCAACAUCAUCAUCAUCAACAUCAUCAAAAGACCUCUAGAAAGCAUCACAAGCAACACCACAAACAACGUAACCCACAACAGCAGCAGCAACAGCAAACACCGCGUCGUCAUCAUGUGACAUCCUAUGAACAAGCCAUGCUAGAAUCGUAUGCCCCUCCAGUCCAAUCGGCUCCAGCAGAAGAGACCACCACGCGUGACAGCAAUAUACAUCGUGUGCGCCCCGAAGUUCUACCCGAAAUCAUAAUACCCUCCACACCGGCUAUAUCUAGUUCAAAUUCCAAAAUUAUUGCCAUUAAACCGAAGAAUCAGAAACGAAAACUCUUCAAACGUUCGGCUGGUGUGGAAAUUGAACCUGAAUAUCUUUUGGGUGACACCGAAUCAGUGAGUUCCAGUGAAUUCGUACCAAAGUCAUCAUCUGAGGUGGACGAUGAUGCCGAAAACGAUAGUUUGGACUUGGACGAAGCCGAUUUUAAGACACUCACUCUGCCGCCUUCGAUAGCUGGGGCGGCUCCAGCUCCAUCGCAGCAGCCCUCCACGACGAACGGUGAUUAUGUGCGUCUCGAUGGUUUUGCUGGCAUGUUGCAACUAUUUUUUGGCAUUGAUCGGCCCAUCGAUGUAAACAUAUUUGCCCAACCGCCGAGCGCUGAAUUUGUGAAUCUUUUGUGCGCACUCCUCGUCUGGUCUGUACGUUAUCCGGCCGUAUUUUGGAACACAUCCAAAUUGUUUGCCUGCAUAUUUAGCCUACAAAUGAUUGUGGCUGCAUUGGAUAUCAUUUUGGGUUAUGUGGGCAUAUCGAAUCUAUAUAAGUUACAAAUCUAUGCUGAAGUCAUGCCCGUACAUCAACCUGGCUUAAUAUUGAAUGCCAUUGUCACCUUGGCUCUCUACCUACUGGCCACCGCCUUGGUAUUGGCCUCAUCGAUGGUUAUGUAUCUCUAUGGACAUGGACGUUUGGCCACACGUAUGCGGGAUCGUUCAAUUAUCACAUUGAAGAAUAGCGAAACUUGGAUAUAUUUUGCCCACUGUGCCUCAUUGUGCUUCGUUUUGGCCCUGGCAGUGGUAAAGGCUCCAUUAUUAAACGAUUUGAGUGCCACCUAUAAGAAUAAUCUACAUUGUCCCACCUUUUUUGCGGCCCUCAUUGGAGUCACUCAUCUGUUGCUAUGGAUUGUUGUCUGGCUAUGUUUAACCAUCAAACGGCGUUGGCACUUUAAAUUACCGCCACUGGAGAACAUCUAUGGCCUGGGUGGUGUGGCAAGUGGUGGAGGCGGAGGCAAGAACGGUGCAGCUCAACCCCUGCUAAUGUCAAGCGGUCAAAGGACAGGAAGUAACUCAAGUAGCGGUGCCAAUUCGACAAGCACCACCAUCAAUGGCAUGACCAACAACACCAAUGAAUCAUCGUCAUCGUCAGCAGGAUCGACCAAGCCAGACAUGAUGAGCACGGCAACAAGUACAGAGCUGGCUGGCAUGGGCAUGGGUAUGGGCAUGGCCGCCCAAGAGGACAUCUAUUGGCCCAAACUGACACCAAGUUCACCCAAAUUGAAGGUUACCUUCAAUGAAGUAACGAGUACGUCUGAUGAUGUCCUACUAAUUGGUGACCAAGAACAAACUGAUGGCAAGCGCCAUACGAGCCGUGGAACCGCGAUAUGUUUUGCCAGUUCUACGGGGGAAAUUGACGACGGCGAAUAUGCGACAUUAAGAGCAGCCACAGCUGGCGCCGUUGUGGGCAUAACCAUGGGCAGUAUGAAGAGUGUUGGUGGAGCUGGGGGAUCUGGUGGUGGAUGUCUCACAUCCACGACAACUGUAGGUGUGAGUCUUUUACAACUAUCCGAAUAUGAUGAACUGCCGCCGCCACCACCACCACAACAGCAACAACAACAAUUUGCCCAUGCUCGUCCCCAUGACUAUGCCAAUCUGAGCGGGCUGGGCGGCAUCAGUGAUGACAACAUCUCCGAAGAGGGUAAACUAUUGGCUUGUGUUCGUGAUGAUAGCAUCACAUACGCAUCCACACGAGAUCUGGAGCCACCGCAGCCAACAACAGCAACAACAAAAUCAGCACAGCCUCCACCACCACCCCCACUGCCAAUGAAAGGAGCACCAAUACCAAUGCCACCGGCCAUACAGCCGCAUUCACAUCCUAUCUAUGCCGGUCGGGCUCCUCAGGCUAUGCCCGAAAUGAUGGAAUUAUCGCCCGAGCAUCAUCAGAAAACGCAACAGCAGCCUCUCCAUCAUCCUCUACAGCAAAACACACCCCAUCAUCAUCAUCAGCAGCAGCAGCAGCAACAACAUCAUCAUCUAGUCAGUCCAUUGGCUCCGGUCACUGUGGCCGUGCAUACAAAUGAAGCGCAUAUCGCUUCCAGUUCCACACCCCGCUGUCUGCGUCGUGCCGAUUCUGGUGUACCCAAUGAGGCUUUAACGCCACGCAGCGAUACCACAUCAACCACAGAGAGCACCAUUACCACCUCACCGCCAGACCGUGCCCCAUCCGAGUCCUCUAGCGGUGUCCAUUCCGGUGAAGAGCGUGAAAUGGAAGUCAUCAUUAGGCCACGAUCCACCUGUAAGCCACCGCCGCGUCCACCACAGCCGCCGAUUCAAGAGGAACCCUACGGACGCUGCACAAAUAUGCGUAUGUCCAGCUUCAAUUCGGAUCCACAUUCGAAUGCUUCGUCAGCAUCAUCCUCGGCCACUGUCAUUAAUAGCGCCACUUUGCCGCUACAGCGUAGUAUUCCAGAGCAAAAGUUUGACUAUACCGCUCAUUGUAGUACCAUGCCGUUGCCGGUGGGCUGUCACAGCCAGCAGCUUGCCGGCGCAGGAGGAGGAGGAGCAGGCGGUUAUGCCUCCACCUCAGCCAUGACCAGUUCCAUGGUCGGCAAUUCUACUGUCUCCAGUUUCAAGACACCCAGCAUACAUUAUGCCAAUGCGGCGGUGGCUCUAGGCAGUGGCCAACUGCAUACAACUUUACCCAAUGGCGUGAGAUAUUCCAAUCCGCAUUUUCUACGCCGUCUGCCUCAUGUAAGUAAGGCAGCUGAAUCCCCAUAUGGCCACCUGGGCUAUGGUGCCGCUCAUCAUGCUUUUGGUAAGAUGGGACACGAAGCAACGCAUCCAACCAUACCCGAAGAUCGGGAUUCUGCCAACUAUUCAAUGGCCUCUGAUCAGGACUGUGGACUCUAUGUAACUGCCCAGCUACAUUAAGCAUCAUAACUAAUCUAACUACUCAAUUUCAGUGUAUAGAGCAAAAAGAAAACAAAUGAAAAUCCCCGAAAAUAUCCUAUACCAGAAUCAUUAAUCUUCCAUAUAUAUCUUAUGUACACACACACACACACACACACUUGAGUUCAAGAGAUGUGUGUGUCUUUUUUUUUCAAAAUCAUUUGCUUAUCUGCCUGAAUUAUAGAUAAUGAGCAUUCUAACUCAAGUACUAAACUAGUACCAAUCCCACACAUGACCCACGCAAAAAUAAAACUAUACGAUCCAAAUAUGAACUAUAUACAUAUAUGUACAUAUGAUUUUAUGAUUGAGACCCCAUUUUGAUGUUAUAUAAACUUUAUCUUAUGAAAGGAAUGUUGGAAGAUCUUUUCAAUCGAUUGACAAAUCUCUAUUAAAUAAAGGUUCAUUUAGAUUAAGAAACAACGUUUUCUUUUUACUUCAAGAGCAUACAUUUUUCAAAUAGCUAACAAUUUUAAUAAUUCACAUCAUUUCCAAAUAUAAUAGCUCAGAAUAUUUAAAAUUUUUAUAAACUUCAGCAUA